CAUCAUCUCCCCGCGCCGCUCUUCCUGUGCACGUUGAUGCUUUUUAGUGACUUUGCUGCAGACGCCGGAUCAUUGUUGUUUGUGGCUCGUCGUCGGGAUCGUCCUCACAGGUUUUGCUCCCACCAGAGAUGUCAGUCACAGAGAUGUUCAGCUACAUCCAGGGUUUCCUGAGCGCCGACCAGGACGUCAGAGAGGAUAUCCGUAAGGUGGUCCAGACCUUGGAGCAGACCGCCAGGGAAAUACUGACAGUCCUUCAGAGCGUCCACCAACCAUCUGGAUUCAAAGAGAUUCCCAGCAAAUGCACAAGGGCGCGGGAGUUGUUCUGUACGGUCCGGACCCAGAUCUCAGACCUCAAAACCAAGUUCCCCGUGGAGCAGUAUUACAGGUUCCAUGAGCACUGGCGGUUUGUCCUGCAGCGUUUGGCUUUCCUGGCGGCCUUUGUUGUCUACCUGGAGACUGAAGCUCUGGUGACUCGGGAGGAGGUGGCUCAGAUAUUAGGCAUUGAGGUGGUGCGAGAGAAAGGCUUUCACCUGGAUGUAGAGGACUACCUGGCAGGCGUGCUGAUCAUGGCCAGUGAACUGUCCCGGCUGGCGGUAAACAGCGUCACUGCAGGAGACUACACCCGGCCGCUGCGCAUCUCCAACUUCAUCAACGAGCUGGACUCGGGCUUCCGCCUCCUCAACCUGAAGAACGACCCGCUGAGGAAGCGGUACGACGGCCUCAAGUACGACGUGAAGAAGAUCGAGGAGGUGGUCUACGACCUGUCCAUCCGCGGCCUGGCCAAGGAGGCCGAGGCCGUUGGGGACAAGUAGAUCUGGGUUGAUUGGUGAUUGGGUGUGGGAGGAGGAAAGGGAGGAGGGGGAGGAGGAGGAGGAAGAGGGCGCGGUGGCCGCCCCCAAACUGGGACCUCUCCGCGGCCGCUGCAGAUCGGAGGAGGCCUUAUCCCACCUGGAAGGCGAGUCCCAGGGAUCUGCCUGAGGCCCCCGGCAGCCACGGACAGACUGUGUGAGUGCGUGUGAGCGUGGGUUUGUGCGAGCGCAUGCUGGAGAAGCGUUUUAGAGUCCGUCAGAGGGGGGCGCCAGAGGCGUUCGGAGGCUUAAGAGCGAGCGUCGGAUGUGUUUCUGGAUUUAGAAGAAGAAGAAAAAACAAAAAGUUCUCAGCUUCAUUUAGUUCCUGUUUCACUGAGCUGGUUUUGCAGCUGCUCACUUUAAAUUGCAACUUGUUAUUGUUGAGUUACGGCAUAAUAUUGAUGUUGAAUUUCUUCAAGAAGAUGGUCAGAGAGAGAGAGACGGCGUGAAGUGCUCCAGACUUUAUUUCUGUGGGGUUUUUUUUGUCUUGCAUAAAAACAAAAAAGCUGGUAAAUGUUUGCGUUGUUUACCCCCUGUGGUGUUUUCUUUUAACGACUUUAUUAUUGUCAGAAAGUGUCGCAUCCAAGAGCCUCGUUUAUGAAGGAAGCAUCUGUUGCAUCAAUUAAUAAUUAAAUAAUGAAUCCGAUUAAAACAUUUGACUAGAAUUUGAUUAAAUUUCAUGAAGAGGCCUUGGUUCAGGUUCGAUCAUUUGGACCGAAUUUGUAUAAAUGAGGAAGAGGAAGAGCCAAAGAAACAAGAUGCACUUCACCUGAUGUCAUAUAAAGCUACUGUGGUCAGAUUAUUAUUUUUGUUUUUCAGCAGUAAUGAAGCUUUUUCAGAUAACCAGUGAACACGUCUUCUGAGCCGUUUCAUUGUUUUAGCUGUUGUUGAAUCGAACACGUAAUAGACUAAACGUUGUACACUGCAUGUUGUAUGUUUGAUGGUUUUUCUUGUUUUUUUGUUUGUUUUUUUCCACUAAAGUAAAUUUCUUGAUUUUGCCUC